UUGUUAUCGGUAAUUUUCCUUUGUCUACCGUUUGUUCUUACAUACAUACAUAUUACGACGUUAGUUGUUUACAUUGUUAUGGCGCUGAAAUACUUUUGAAAAUGACUUCGAAAACCAAUGCCAACGAUGAUGAUCCAUGGGACGCGAAUUUCGAUGAUGAGGAACUGCACACGUUGAUGGGUAUAUUGGAUAAACCUCUGGAAGGUUUAAAUAAUUCUUCAAAACUGUGUGAUGUUGAGCAACACAGAGGAUUUGAUAGAAAUGUUGGAGACACCUGGAUCUAUCCCAGUAAUCUGCCAUGUCGAUCCUAUCAAAUGAGUAUUGUUCAGGCGGCUUUAUAUCGCAAUACUCUGGUGGUGCUGCCCACUGGUUUGGGUAAGACUUUUAUUGCAGCUGUGGUCAUGUACAAUCUGUAUCGUUGGUAUCCUCGCGGUAAGGUGAUAUUUAUGGCUCCAACAAGGCCCUUGGUGAAUCAACAGAUAGAAGCCUGCCAGAAAAUUAUGCCAUUUCCCCGCAAAGACACUGUGGAAUUGACUGGAAGAUUACCGAAAGCCAAGCGUGCUGAGCUAUGGAAAACAAAGAGAGUAUUUUUUGCCACACCCCAAGUUGUACAAUCUGAUAUUUUGGGCAAUUAUGUUCAGGGUGAUGAGGAGGGGGUGGAAAGCAUAUUGGAAGAUUCAACAAGUUCCUGUAAUUUCGAAUUUCCAUUCGAUGAUAUCAAACUGAUUGUUGUGGAUGAAGCGCACAAGGCCAAGGGGAAAUAUGCCUACGUUGAAGUUGUUCAAGCAAUUGCUGCAAAGAAUAGAUAUUUUCGUGUAGUUGCCUUGUCCGCAACUCCGGGACGCACCAUGGAUGAUGUGGCGGAGGUGAUUCGUAAUCUCUUGAUAUCUCACAUUGAGGUACGUUGUGAGAACUCCGUUGAUGUGGUACCUUAUGUCCACAAACGUUCCAUGGAAACUGUGGUGGUAUCCUGGGGGGAACGUAUUAAAGAAAUACGAGAAGAACUCUUGGAGAUAAUUGAUCCAUAUUUGAGACAGCUCAUAGAUUGCCAAAUGCUUUCGGGAUCUCUGGCAAAUAUAAAUCGCAAUUUUUUACUCUACGAACAAAAACGUUAUCAGGAACGUUGUCAACACAAUGGACGUCAUCCUCAACAUUCCGCCAUAAUGAGUAAUUUUUCCAUUUGCAUAAGCCUAUAUCAUUCACUGGAGUUGCUCGAACGUCAUGGUGUAAGAGUUUUCCUUAACAACUUUGAAGAAGACAUGGAGGGGAAAACGAAAUUUGUUAUACAAAUGGAUCGCCGUUUGCGGAAUAUGAUUGAUCGCCUAAAUGAGGAAGUUGGCCCCAAUCCGUUUAAUGUGUCGGCUGGUCCCAUGACGAAUGGUAAGAUUGCUGAAAUCCCAAAAGAUUUGGAUUUUGGUCAUCCGAAAUUCGAAAAGGCCAGGGAGUGUUUGCUCAAACAUUUCGAGAACCAUGCGGAGUCUCGGGCCAUAGUCUUUUGUGAAUAUCGUGAGUCGGUUUUGUUAAUCUAUCGUAUGCUUCUGCAGCAUGUCCCUCUAUUGAAGCCAAAAUGUUUUGUUGGCCAAGGUGGUACCGGCAAUCUAAGACCCCUUACCCAAAAGCAACAAAUACAGAUAAUGAACGACUUUCGUUCGGGACAAAUCAACAUACUUAUUGCCACCUCCAUUGGCGAAGAAGGCAUUGAUGUGGGUGAAGUGGAUUUGAUUGUUUGCUUCGAUAUAAGUACCACAAAUCCUACAAGGUUUAUACAGCGUAUUGGCCGAACUGGAAGAAAGAAAAAUGGAAAUGUCGUAAUGCUAGUUACCGAGGGGAGAGAACAACAAAUUUUGAAAGAUGUCCUCCAUAGCAAGGAUCAGAUGAAUAAGAAAAUACUAAGUUCCUCGGUAGUGCGGCGCUCCUUGUAUAAUCAGGCGCCACGUUUGGUUCCCACCGAUAUUAAGCCAAAAUGUUUGCAGACAUUUGUAACUCCAGACGCAGAAAAUGAUGCCGCUGGUGAUGACAAGAAAAAACCCAGUGGUUCAAAACAAGCGAAGAAAGCAAUGGGAAAUGAGAAAGGUGCUCAAGAUUUGCGUACAUUUUUCAACAAAAAGCCAACCAAGGAAUUGGAUGCCGAAGAUUUGGAAUAUUUUGAAAUCGACACAAAAAUGACACAAGCCAAACCGGGCAUACAUACACAGCAAAGGCUGGAAAAGAGUUUUGAUCGCAUGAAACAUCUUUUCAAUGAUAUACAGUCACCAAAACCAUCGCAAUUGAAAAUCAAGGCUGAAGUUCCUACAAUCGAAAUUGAAUCAGUGGAUUUGUGUGAUGACACAUCGGAGGAAAAAAUUGAAGAUGUGACACCGAAAAAACGCCAAAAAUUAAUGAAUGACAGCCCAAGUUCCACACCGAGUUGUUCUAAAGAUCAAAUGCAAAACACUGGAAUUUGUGAUAAUGGCGAUGAUGAUGCUAUAUCUGCCAAUGAAAUUUACAUAAACGAAAGACUUAAGAAAUUAGAGAUAUUCAUGAACACCACUCACACAACGCCGGAAGUCUUAAAACGAGCCCAAAUCAACGACUUAUCUUAUCAUUUAAAAUCCAAGGAAAUGUCCGAUGAUAUGAAAUACAAACUGCUAACUGUACACAAGGAUUAUCUACGCAAUAACCUGGAGCAAAUGAAAGUUUUGAAUGCCCUUCAGGAUUUCGACAAUGAGACAGAGGAAGAAAAGUCAAUUCGUGAGAUUCAUCGAAUAAUUGUUAGACUUUUUGGAGGCUUGGAGAAAGCUGAAAAGUUUCUGGAAGAAUCAGAAAUGGAGAAAAUGAAGUCCGAGGCCACAAUCGAUGACAUUCCCUCCGACGAUGAGUCAAUCGAUGAAGAUGAAAUGAGAAAGAAAGUUGAUGAAAUAUUUGCUGAUUUUGAACUCUUAGAGCCGAGUGAGACAUUCGAUUGGUUUUACGAAAGAUACAAGCAAACCGCAAAAUACAAAGAAGAAGAAGAGCAAAGGGCCAAGACUGCGUCUGCAUCCAAUGUACAAGAAUCAAUGGUCUACAACACCUUCGUGGACAAUGAAUCCGAUGAGCGCACCCUUAAUUUGGAAGAGGAAAAUGAAGCUUCAUUCACUGAGUCCAAAUAUUGCAGCCAAUGGUUGGAGUUUAAUAAACCAGACAUGGCUUUUAAAUCCACACCCCUGCAGGGACCCACUAAAAAGUCCUUAAAUCUAAAUUCCACUACCAAUACCAAGGCAAUGAAUUUAUUAAAUAAACUUGAAGAAACCGAUAAAGAAAAAGUAAUGGAAGACCACAAGAAAUCAAAGGGAGACGAGAAAUGUAAAGAUUCCCCUGACAAAUCCAUGCCCAGUAACAAAUUUUUGGAUUCUCUUUUAAUGUGCGAAAGGGAAUUAAAUACACUGCUCUUGGAAAAGAACAAGGAAGAGGAAGAAAAGAAAGAAAUCCCUAAUGGGAUGUAUGAUGAAAGUUCCGGAGAUACUGAUAUGACCACCGGCUCAUUGGCAAUACCGGAAACGGAAUUUCCAAUGGAGACAAAAGUUACAAAAGCGACGGAAGAAAAUGAUAUUUUAUCUUCCACUGUAAAAGGAAGCAAAGAUAUUAGUCUGGCCAUGGAUGAGGACGAUGAGGAUGAAAUGUUCCUAGCAGCCAUGGAAGCUGAAAUACAGUUUACCCAAACAAAAACCAAUGACCAGUCUAAGACUAAUGCCAAUUCUUCUAAUGGUUUGGAUAAAACAAGAAAAGAUGCCCCCGAAGAUAAACAUAAUUCCAGUGUCAAAUUGACACCUCCCUCUUUGAAUUCCACACCUGACAUUAUUGAAUUUAAAACAACGAAUGAGGAAAACAAAAUAUCCGCAAAUUUACCCACACCACCUGAGAUCUCCAUAGAAAAGGAAUUGGAUUUCGAUAUGGAGGCAUUUAUGGAACCAUUCCCAGAAGAAGAGGAACUCAUGAAAUCAUCAUCAACGAGUAAAGUGUCAUCAGCGCCCACGCGGCGUGAGAGUCUCAAGGAAAAUUUAAACAAAGAUUCUAUGGCCCGCCAAUCCCCUGACUUAUUUGCCGAUGACCAAAUGAAAUCUCCCAAUCUUUUGCAUGCCAAGCCCACAAUACAAAAGACAUCCUUGGCCUCAAAAUUGUCGGCCAAACUUAAUUUAGCACGCAGCCAUUCGACCCUCAAUCCUGCCACCUCAACUAAAUUGAUGUCUCCCAGCAAAAGUACAUUACCCACAAAUUCUAGUGCCAACCUAACAUCACCCUCAACACGAGCCAAUACAAAUAGUAUACAAAACGAUAAAUCUCCUAGUCUUUUUGAUAUGUAUUUGAAAAAUGGUAAGGGUCGUGUAAAAUUGCCCAGUGCCUUAAGAAAUACCUCAUCGUCGUUGGGUAUAUCAAGAUCAGAAAAUGAUACCGCAUCACAUAGCCAUAGUAAGCCAUUACUACCGGCCACACAAGAUGAAAGCAUUUUGGUGGUAAGAAAACGUCCGAGUGCCCCCAAACGUAAAAUAUUUGAUAGUGAUACCGAAGGUGAGAGCAGUGAAAAUGAUGUGACCGUAAUCGCCGCCGAUGACCAUGAUGAAGAUGACGAUGAUAGUGAUUUCGAACAAAUUGCAGCUACCCAAGCAGCUGAUGAAAGUAGCAUACAUCAUCGUAGAAAAAGGCGAAAAUAUAAUUCGUUUAUUGAAGAUGAGGCCGCAUUAAGUGGUUCCGAUCAAAGCGAAGAUGAAGCUGAACAUUCCAUUGGGGGUUAUAUGUUGGAUUCUGUAGUGGUGCACAGCGAUGAAGAUGAUCCAGAUCAGGCAUCCACCUCACACAUGCAGGCCAUGUAUUUGCAAUCGCUCAAGAGUCCUGCUCCACGACGAGGAGGAGGUUUUAAAAUCCCCGCACCGCGUGUAUACGACGAUCAUUCACACAUCUACUCCCAAGCUCUUUUACCCGAAGAGAUAUGUUCCCAAUACAUGCCUGAUUCAUUUGUUGUCGAAGAGGAUGAUAGUUUUAUCAACAACAAUGCCAAUAUAACUGAAGUUUCAAUGUGUCCCUUGGAAAGAGCGGAGAAGAUCCUUAAAGAACGUAGAAAAGCUAAGAAAAAUGCCAAACUUGCUGCUAGUGGGCAAACGGCGACGAAAUCAAAAGGGAAGAAAAAGAAGGUCAAUUUGAUCGAUGAUAGUUCAGAUGAUGAUUUCGUUUUAUAAAGACUGAUUAUUAUUUUAAGCUGCCAUAUAGAUGUAAUAGGAUAGGAUCUUUUGGUUUAGAAUUAAUUAUUAAAUUUAAAAUUCGCUUUUUUUGUGAAUACUAUUGUAAAAGUGUGCUAUUUGAGAUUAUGAAUUGUUAAAUACAAAUAUAUUUUAGUGAAAUUUCAA